CUUCCGGUGACGUUACGCUGUAGUACCAGCAGAGGGCGGAAGCGGAAGUGCCGAGCAGGUAGGAAACGAAUCUUUCCAGUCCUGGUCAUAAAUGGAACAGAGAGUGGAAUAAAAUGACGGACCAAGAAAACAAUAACAGCUUUUCUGCCAAUCCUUUUGCUGCUCUCUUUGGUUCUGUAGCAGAGGCACAGCAGUUUGUGGCUGGACAGAAAGUGCAGCUUCAACAGAAGACAGGUGAGGAUGAAGAGGACAGCCAGGAUGAAUCUGAUAAUAGUGUAUCAGAAAGCCUGGAUGACUGUGACGACUCCAUUGCAGAAAUCAGUCGCUCGUUCCGCUCACAGCAGGAGAUAUGUGAGCAGCUCAACAUCAACCACAUGAUUCAGAGGAUCUUUCUCAUCACUCUGGACAACAGUGACCCCAGUAUGAAGAGUGGGAAUGGUAUUCCUUUACGCUGUGUUUAUCUUGAGGAUCUUGGGUCUGAGCUAGAUGGACAGGACUGGUUAGACAUGGACAACGUGGAACAGGCCUUAUUUACUCGGCUUCUUCUUCAGGAACCAGGGAAGUACCUCAUAUGCAUGACAUCCUCAGUAGCCCCUAACCUUUCUGCAGACAGAGAUGCUGGAGAGGAACACAUUAUCCCAUUUCUGUUCUCUUGCUUCCAAAGAGCCAAGAAAGAGGUCACAAAAGUGCCUGAAAAUCUUCUACCAUAUGCUGUUCGCUGCAAGGCCCUUACAGUUUCCAAUGCCCGCACUGUUCUGCUAACGCCAGAAAUCUACCAAGGACAGGAUGUUCCAGCCCAGUUGGUGGACCUGAUGUUAGAAGGACUUAGAGGGGCAUACUUUGAAGAGGUAUCAGAGUUCCUGGAGGACAUUAUUGAGGCACUUUUGGCAGAUGAAGAAGUACACACCUUUAGUGAAGUUUUCCAGCCUGUGUUUGAUGUACUUCUAGAAAGGGUUAAGGACUUAGAUCUGUGUCAAAUGCUGCUGUAUACUUAUCUUGACCUCCUACUCUACUGCACUCGACAGAAGGAUAUUGCUAAGGUAUUCGUAAAAUACAUACAGCCUCAGGAUCCCACGAAUGGGCACCAAUAUCAGAAGACACUACUUGGGGUCAUUCUAAGUAUUUCCUGCUUGCUGCGCACCCCAGGGGUUGUAGAGAACCACGGCUACUUCCUUAAUCCAUCACGGUCCAGCCCUCAAGAAAUCAAAGUCCAGGAAUCUAACAUCCAUCAGUUCAUGGCACAGUUUCACGAGAAGAUUUACCAGCUCCUGAAAAAUCUUCUUCAACUAUCUCCUGACACUAAGCACCUGAUCUUGUCCUGGCUUGGAAACUGUCUACAUGCUAAUGCUGGCCGUGCCAAAAUCUGGUCCAAUCAGGUUCCUGAAAUCUUUAUGCAAACCUACGCCUCAGACAGUUUCUUCCUCAAUUUGGGAGCAGCUCUACUCCGCCUCUGUCAGCCCUUUUGUAAACCAAAGUCUGCUCGUCUGCUGACUUUUAAUCCCACUUACUGUGCUCUACGAGAGAUCAAUGAAGAGGAACGCAAGACUCGGAAUGCACAUAUGAAGGGCCUAGACAAGGAGACUUGCCUGAUUCCAGUUGCUUCAGACCAACAACCAGAGUUCCCUCAGACUUUCAACCUGGUGACAGAGAACCUGGUGUUGACCCAAUACACCCUGCACUUGGGCUUUCACCGGUUGCACGAGCAAAUGGUGAAGGUGAACCAAAGCCUGCAUAGGCUGCAAGGAGCCUGGAGAGAUGCCCAGCAGACUGGUAGCCCUACUGCAGAGAACUUGCGAGAACAGUUUGAACGACUCAUGACCAUCUAUUUGUGUCUGAAGGCUGCUCUCAGUGAACCCCAAAUGUUGCAGAAUUGCAUACACCUGCAGGUCUCAACUGCACUUCUCUUGGUCCAGAUUGCUUUAGGCAACAGGGGCACAGAACCAGUGACUCUCAUCUUCCCUGUUCCCGAUGUUCAGCAUAGUGCACUGGCAUAUGUACCAGAGUUUUUUGCAGACAACUUGGGUGAUUUCUUCAUCUUCUUGCGGCGUUUUGCAGAUGAAGUUCUAGAAACUGCGGCAGAAUCUCUGGAACAGAUACUGGAUUUUAUCACCGUUUUCACUGGCUGCGUUGAGAGGAUGAAAAAUCCCCACCUGCGUGCUAAACUAGCCGAAGUGCUGGAAGCUGUAAUGCCUCACCUGGAACAGGUUCAGAACCCACUUAUCUCUAGUGUCUUCCAUCGUCAGAAAAUCUUCUGCUCCUAUCGACAUGCACCACACUUAGCAGAGGCCCUUAUUAAAGUAUUUGUAGAUAUAGAAUUUACUGGAGAUCCUCAUCAGUUUGAGCAGAAGUUUAACUAUCGUCGGCCAAUGUACCCCAUUUUGAGGUAUAUGUGGGGGAGGGAUACCUACCGUCAGAGCAUAAAGAGUUUAGCGGAUUAUGCAUCAGAGAACCUUGAGGCUGUGAAUCCCCCUCUCUUCUUGCGCUUCCUCAAUCUGUUAAUGAAUGAUGCUGUGUUCUUACUGGAUGAGGCCAUCCAGUAUCUGAGCAAGAUUAAAAUCCAACAGAUUGAAAGGGACCGGGGGGAUUGGGAUGGGCUGAGUGCAGAAAGCAGACGUGAAAAAGAGUCCAGUCUGCUUGUACUUGGGCAGCUGGCCAGGUUCCACAACAUCAUGUCAAAUGAGACCAUUGGGACCUUGGCCUUCCUCACAUCAGAUAUACGUUCACUGUUUGUCCAUCCAUUCCUGGCUGAACGCAUCAUCUCCAUGCUCAAUUACUUCCUGCAGCAUCUGGUAGGGCCUAAGAUGGGAGCCUUGAAAGUAAAAGAUUUCAGCGAGUUCGACUUCAAACCUCAGCAACUGGUGUCAGAUAUUUGCACCAUCUACCUGAACCUGGGGGAUGGGGAGAAUUUCUGUGCCUCGGUACCCAAGGAUGGACGUUCAUACUCGCCCAUGCUCUUCGCUCAGACUGUGCGGGUUUUGAAGAAGAUUAAUAAACCAGGGAAUAUGAUUGUGGCAUUCAAUAAUCUGGCUGAGAAAAUCAAGUCCUUAGCUGACCAGCAGCAGCGAGAUGAGGAGACGUAUGCUGAUGCACCUGAUGAAUUCCUAGACCCGAUUAUGAGUACCGUUAUGUCAGAUCCAGUAAUUCUACCCUCCUCACGUGUCACAGUGGACAGAUCAACUAUUGCACGGCACCUACUCAGCGACCAGAGUGAUCCUUUCAACCGCAGUCCUCUUACCAUGGAUCAGAUGAAACCAAACCUUGAAUUAAAGGAGAAGAUCCUACAGUGGCUGUCUGAGCGCAAGAAACAAACAGAGACUGUGGAACAUGAAUCCUUGUAGUAUUUAUUAUAGACUAGAUACAGACUUGCUUUUUCUACAUGCCGAACUCUUCAGCACCCAUCACAUGCAAGUCACUUCUUUGCCCUUCAGGAUUUUGAUAAGAAAGGAAUUAAUCCAUACAAGUGCCGUGAAGAAUGAUUAAAAUUGUAUAACAAUAGGUACAGAAAAUUAAGGCGAACCAUGUUAAAGAAGAAAUUGAAAAUCCUUUGCCGCAUAACUUGUUUUAAAAUCUUUUCCUUAACCUCUUUGAUGCCACAUGAAUGUGACGUCAAACUGGGUUGAUCUGACUUGCUAGCGAUUUGGGAUCGGUUCAUUAAAAUGGAUAAUACCUCC